AUGCCUGGAGGCCACGACUUAGAGCCUACUCCUGGCGGUACUGAUGAACCACGUCUGCCACUCCAUGCAUUCCCGAGCCCCACAGUCAUUCCGCCGUUGAAGCAACCGCACCUGCAUUCCAUCAUUUUCCUGCACGGUCGGGGGUCGAGUGCGCGUAUCUUUGCGCCGCCGUUUCUCUCCACAACGGUUCGCGGACCGAGAUCCAACAUUUUCACUUUGAGAGAAGCAUUGCCACACACACAAUUCGUCUUUCCAACUGCGCCUCGAUCCAGGGCGACAAUCUAUCGACGCUCCAUCAUCAACCAAUGGUAUGACGGGAGUGGUGAUUGGGAGGAGGCCGUGUUAGGACAUGCACGGGAAACUAUCGAGUUUGUGCAUGCGCUCAUGAGGGAAGAAGCUUCGCGUGUAGGAAACACUGAUAGGGUAUUCCUAGGCGGCUUCAGUCAAGGCUGCGCUGCUGCACUCCUCUGCUUGCUACUGUGGGAAGGUGAUGCUCUCGGCGGGUUUCUGGGCAUGUGCGGGAUGCUGCCUAUGGCCGGAGUAAUUGAGGACACCCUGCGCGACCGUCACCAUGCCAUGGAUGACGAAAUCGAGGACACCGGCCGGAUAGAGCCGGAUGACAACAUCUUCGGCUCAUCAAGCGAUGGAUCGCCUUUUGGCUGGAAUCAGGAUGACUCGGAGGCGAAUCCCCUCGAAGAAGCUCUACGCAUGCUACGGGAAGAGGUUGGUCUUCCGCCACAUUCAUUCGGAUCAGUACCGCCAUUCCAAAACACACCCGUUUUUCUCGGCCACGGAAUCAGGGACGACAAAGUGCUGCUGCGGCAUGGUCAGCAGGCCUGCAGGACACUACAGCUGAUGGGAUGCAACGUCCAAUUCGAAACAUACUGCGAGCUGGACCAUUGGUAUUCGAAGGAAAUGUUACAAGAUUUGCUCGAGUUCCUUGAGGGCGAGGGUUGCCACGUGCAUCUCGGAGGGCGUCCGGGAGAUUACCGAGAAGGGAAGAAACAGGAACUCGAUAGCCAGGUUGGUUACCUAUAG